AUGGCGUUGCGGCGUCGAGCCAGCGCGCCCUCACACCGCCCGUCUGGAACGCCGCGGGCGAGCGGCGGCUCGACGCUGCGACUCGGGUCGCGCCGCGGCGAUGCGACCUUGGGAUUCGCGCUGCUGCUUCUGGCGGCCGUGGCGGCAGCGCAAGCAGCGGCGGCGGCAGGCGGCGGCGGUCGGCGGUACACGAUUGCUCCACUGCGCACGUUGGAUGAGAGCGUGGAGGUGUUCACACUGCCGGAGCGACUGCUGUUCGCUGGCACUGCCGUGCUGCCCCCCAUGGACCACGCGGAUGAUGCUGGCAGCGGCGACAGCAGCAGUGCAGGCCAUGGCGCUGGUGGUGACGAUAGCGGUGGUGGUGGUGGUGAUGGUGGGAGCGAGGGGGAUGGCAGCAGCGAGUCGGGCAGGGAGCCGGGCAGCAGCAGUGCGAGCAACCAAGACAGUGACACAAGUGGAGGCGGCACUGACUUCAUCCCCAGUGGCAGCAGCAGCCCCAGUGGGUCGGGCAGCAGCAGUUCUGAAACGGGCGCGGGUGCAGCAGAGGGUGAUGUUAGCGAUGAGGCAGUGGAGCAGCGCAACGAGCAGGCCAUCAGGCGCAUCCGGUACCCGCAGGGGGCGCGCCAGGGGGGCAUGCUCGCUGCUGAGGGGCGUGGGGAGAGCGCGGAAGCAGGGGGGGAGGCUGCCACUGCUGCCCCUUCUUCCGCCCCCGCGCCUGCUCCUGCGCCUGCUGCUGGUGCUGAUCCGUUGCUAGAGCAGUUUGUGCAGCAGCUGGCGCGGGCGGGGGCGGUGGCAGCGCGCGAGACAGAGGUGAAGGCGGUGGUGGCACGGCGAGCAGCAGUGGGGUUCCGUGGGAUCAGCCAGUACAGCGAGGUCAACAGCGGCACUGCGCCCACGUACAACCACUCCGUGGUGCGUGUGACGCCACCGGAUGGCGGCUUGUGUGUGGGCAACGGGUUCAUACUGCAAACCGUCAACACCGAGGGCGGAAAGGGGAAGUUGCAGUUGCCCAAACGAGCGACCUGCUCAAGUCAGUCAAUCUUAUACAAGGGGAAACGCGGCAGCCACGCUCAGGUCAAUCUUAUCUCGCUUGUCUUUUUCCUUCAUACCGUCCACCGCUCUGCCUCUCCCCCUCCACUCCUUCCCAACGUGCAGUCUGGAGGGGCGAGCAACGGGUAUGACAGGUUUGGGCAGACGAGGCAGCGGGGGAACCGCACGGUGGGGUCGGGGGUGAUAGUGGCGGCCUCCACAGGCGCCGACCCCACCCAGCCAUGGAACGUCUUCUUCAUCCCCGGCUCCAACGACGGCAACAACUCCAACCCUGAUUGGGGAGCACCUCUCUACUACAACACGUCCAAGCUCACAACUCUCCAGGACUACCCGCAAAUCGGCACGGACGCACAUGGUGUGUUUGUGGCAGUGAACCAGUUCGGCCUGGAGGAGUCUAAGUACUUUGGCGCCAACAUCUAUUAUGGUGCGAAACUGCAACCCACAUGUGCAUCUCUCCAAUUUAACUGUCGCGCACAUGUUACAAAUGUCAUGCGCACAGACUUGGAAAACCCAUAUGUUCUGCCCUCAUGUGCUGCUGCCCCACGUAUCGCCUUCCUCUCCCACCCAAUCCCCUCUCUGCACCUCCCUAUCCCCCCCCCCGUACGCAGUGCCAUUUCCAAGGAGCAGCUAUCCCGCACGUGCACCGCCGCCAUCGUGCGCGUGGCCAUCCCGUACUCGCCAGCGCUUACCAGCCCCUCCUACACAGUGUACCCACACAAGGUCCCUGCUGAUGGCUCAUAUGACCACUCCAACAACGGCACCAUGUACUUUGGCUGGAUGGGAGUCAACUUCAACGGUGCGCCCAACGAGACCGUUCUCGUUCCCAACGUCACCAUCAUCGGCGCCUUUGCUCUAACUGGUACCGACGCGCUCGGGUCAACCGAGGCCGUUGAUCGCGUCGUGCCGCACAUCGCAGCCGUUGAGACGCCGCCGUUUUUCCUGCCGAUGCCGGUGAGGCAGAGGCCAGGGCCCACCCCCACGGCGUGGCGGUUCAACCGCAGGGAGGCGGCGAUAGAUGCGUUUGCAGCGGGCAUGCAGGCCGUGGUGGUGCAGCCAGAGCGCCACACCAUGUGGCUGGCCUUCACCUCUGCGUUCGGGCCUGCUCUUGGGUCAUCGUCCGUGGUGCUGGCUAGGAUCAGGCUGAGACUCAGAGCGGAGGCGGCAGGGGAGGUGGCAUCUGGAGAGGCGUCGGGGGAGGUGGCAUCUGGAGAGGCGUCAGGGGAGGUGGCAUCUGGAGAGGCGUCAGGGGAGGUGGCAUCUGGAGAGGCGUCAGGGGAGGUGGCAUCUGGAGAGGCGUCAAGGGAGGUGGCAUCUGGAGGGGCGUCAGGGGAGGUGGCAUCUGGAGGGGCGUCGGGGGAGGUGGCAUCUGGAGAGGCGUCAGGGGAGGUGGCAUCUGGAGAGGCGUCAGGGGAGGUGGCAUCUGGAGAGGCGUCAGGGGAGGUGGCAUCUGGAGGGGCGUCGGGGGAGGUGGCAUCUGGAGAGGCGUCAGGGGAGGUGGCAUCUGGAGAGGCGUCAGGGGAGGUGGCAUCUGGAGAGCCAUCCUCAGAGGUGGUAACGGAUGGCAGUGUGGGGGAGACAGAAGCCGUGGAGGCAGCAAGUGGCGGGUGGUCGUUCGAAGCGCAGCUGAAGGGGUUCAAGGCGGUGGGCGUGCAGGGCAACAGCCUGCUACGCCCUGCCAUGGCGCUCAACAGGCGCGGCAGGGGCAUACUAGCAGCAGCACUGGCGGGCCCGUCCUUCUACCCCUCUGCUGCAUAUGCCCUUGUGGAUUCGGCUCUACGUGUUGGCCCAGUCACAGUUGCAGCACCCGGGGGAGCUCCCCUCGAUGACUACUCUGGGUACCUGUUUGAGGAGAGGGCAAUGCGGUAUGGGGACUACCACACGGCCACCACGGACGAGCAUGGCAAUGCAUGGGCCGUGGUGGAGUAUGUGCCGGGUGUGCCGCGCACCGAGUGGACCAACUGGGCCACCUACAUCUUCAAGCUGUUACACCCAAGGAGCACCCGAGCGCCGUCAGUAUCGCGCCCCAUGGCGGCACCCGCCGCGCUGUCUCCCGCCGCCGUGCCGCUCUGGCGGCGGAUGCUGCAGUCGUCCAUCGACGCGCACGCGCACAUCCCCUCCGCGUCCUUCGUGCAACUCGCCACAGUGCGCGCCAACGGCACGCCCGCCAACCGCUCUCUCGUCUUCAGAGGGUUCAUGGAAGGUUCCGACAACCUCAUAUUCUACACGGAUGGCCGCAGCAGCAAGGUCAAGGAGAUCGAGGAAUGCCCACUUAUUGAGCUGUGCUGGUACUUCUGCGAGUCAUGGGAGCAGUACCGCAUCGCUGGCAGCAUGUCCACCGUCCAUGCCGACCCACCCGACCCUUCGCUCUUAAAGCUGAGGCAUGCGGCAUGGCAGCCGCUGACACCGCAGCAGCGGUGGCAGUACUGCCGAGGCCACCCGGGCACGCCGUGGGAGGAGGACAGUGAGGGGGGUGCACAGGCCGCGGGGCGGCCGGACGGGCACGAGUUAUCACUGGCAGCACUGGCGUUGCUCACAGAGGCAGACGCACAGGGGGGCAGUGCGGGGAGUAAGGGUGAGGCGCAGAAGGUGGAGUCGGAUAAGGUUGCGUCGGUUGAGCCCGUGAAGGACUUCUGCCUGCUGCUGCUGGAGCCCCAUGAGGUGGACUACGUGCACGUGAAAACACCCUCUCGCCAUCGACACACAAGGCGCAUGGUAGACGAGGGGAAAGAGGGAGGAGCGGGGGGGAGAGGGUACAAGUGGACUGCCACACGCAUUCACCUCUAG